AUUAAAAGCAAAUGCAUUUUUUUAUCCAAUGGAUUCCAUUCGUCUUUUAAAUCUCCCCCAACUCUUGCCGAGCCACCACCAUGACAGUGGUCGAUCCCGAUCAUGCGAAGGAGUGCGAUCGAUCUCUUCGCCGCCGGGAAAGGAAAUAAAAGGCAACUCGCCGGAGUGAAGAGAGAGCAAGCAUCGAACAUUGUAACGUCGAUCGAGAAAAUAACGUCCAUGGCUUAGAUUGCGUCCUUUGGCUUUCUUUGUAAGUAGCUCUUUCAGUCAGCAAUAGAAAAGCUGCAACCUUGUGAACAGUAAGAAGGUAGAUUUUCACAGCGGCAGUGAGAUCGAGAGAGAGGAAGAGAAAGCCAGUAUCCGCAAUAAAUGGCAGCUCAGUGUAAAUUCACGACCGCAUAAGCAGCAAGGUGAACAGCCCUCUUGCGUAACCGGUAGCAUCUGCAGCCAGUAGGCCUUCGCUUGUCCUGCCGGAAUACGGAAGAUUUCCAGUGCGGGUAAAUGGGUCGGGCGACGCGGUGGCUACGGAACCUUUGGAGCGGGAAGAAGGAGAGGAAAGAGCCUGGCGACUGCUCCGGCGGCCGUGUCGGCGUUGAGGACAGGAGACAGAAGAAAAGGUGGAGCUUUGCGAAGCAGACCAGGGACGCGUCGGAGGUGGUGCUCGGCCAGAACGCCUCGACGGCCGCAGCGGUGGAGGCGACGUGGUUCAGGUCUUUCUACGACGAGAGUGAGAAUGAGCAGAGCAAGCACGCCAUUGCGGUGGCAGCGGCCACCGCUGCGGCUGCCGAUGCAGCAGUGGCGGCAGCCCAGGCAGCGGUUGCUGUCGUCCGGCUCACCAGCCAGGGAAGGGGUGGCGGCCUUUUCGUCAACGCCCGCGAACGCUCGGCGGUGAAGAUCCAGAGAGCAUUCAGGGGAUACUUGGCAAGGAAAGCACUGAGAGCUCUGAGAGCGCUGGUUAAGCUACAGGCCUUAGUGAGAGGCUAUCUCGUGCGCAAGCAGGCAGCUGCAACUCUUCACAGUAUGCAGGCUCUCAUCAGAGCUCAGGCCUCCGUCAGAGCUCAGCGAACUCGCAAUCGUCUCCGUAACGAUAGAAGGUUUCAACUAGAGCUCCAUCCGCGACGAUCUGUAGAGAAAUUUGAUGAGAUACGGAGCGAGAACAUGAGUUCCUUCCACCGCCGGCGGCUCUCAGCGAGCCUCGAUAACGCUUCUAAUGUCUUCGAUUGGAGCCCAAAGGUGGUGGAGAUCGACACCUGCCGCCCCAAAUCGCGAUCUUCUCGCCGGAGUACCAACCCGUCCGUUCUCGACCCCGCCGACGACUGGCACUCGAGUUCCAUCUCCUCCCCGCUGCUCCCGUGCCACAUCCCGGCCCGCGUCGCCAUCCCUGACUGCCGCAACUUCCAGGACAACGACUGGUGCCUCGCGGGAGGAGACAGAUGCCGGCCCGCGACGGCGCAGAGCACACCCCGCUGCUACAUGAACAACAAUACGCCUCCAACUCCGGCAAAAAGCGCGCAGUGGCGAUUCAUGAACGUUCCCUGCUCCCCCAACUACAUGGCCAGCACGCAGUCGUUCGAGGCCAAAUCGAGGUCACAGAGCGCGCCCAAGCAGCGUCCGGAGGCAGCCGCGAUGAGGAAGAGGCUCCCACUGACCGAAAUGAUGCUGGAAUCGAGGGCCAGCUUGAGCGGGAUCGGAAUGCAGAGGUCGUGUGCCCGCGCCCAAGAGACCUUCAAUUUCAAGAGCGCCGUCGUCGGGCGGUUCGACAGGUGCUCUGAGCCGGAAAGGGAGUUCUACGUGCAAAGGAAAUGAUGCAAAACACCAUUAAGAAUUUACGAGAAUUAAGAGAGAGGGAGCUCUUUUGUUUGCUUUCUCUUCGAUCAAAUUUCUUCUGCUGCGGUUCAUUGUAAAUUCCUUGUUCUCAGUUGCAGAUGUUUAAGCUUAACAUUCCAAGCAACUUUGUGAAAGCUUGAACAAUUAGGAGUGCUGCAUUGUUAAAAUUUAAAGCAAGAGAUAUCAAUCCCUGUGCCCAGGUGAUGCCGUCA